UUUGCUCCCAUGGUGCGUCAUAAACACGUUUCCUUUUUAACCACUUAAAUGUAUGCUGUGGAUGACGGUUGACUCCUAGGUAAAGGACGGCACACCUGCACAACACAGUCUGAGCAGCACAUGUGAAGAUGUAUUCUGAUGAGAUCAUAGAUGGAGUCGGAGGAAUGUCCAAGUUCCAGCUGUUGGCACUUUUUCUGUUUUUGGGACCAAAGCUAAUCACAUCCUGGGGAAUGUUGAUGAUGUCGUUCGCUGGGGUGACACCGCAACUGUGGUGGUGUGUUAACAAAAUGACCAGCGGCGCCAGUAAUUACACAGGAUUGAAGCACUGUUCAGUUGAUGACAACAGCUCUCUAUGCUCCUAUGUGUACAGCAUGGAGAAAAACACAGUUGUAAAUGAGUGGGACUUUGUCUGCGACAGAGCAGGAAUCAGGUUGUUCAUCACAUCAGUACAAAUGGGAGGUGUUUUGGUAGGAGCCCUCUUAAGCGGACAGUCUGCUGAUGUUAUUGGCAGAAAGAAGACCUUUUACAUCGCUCUGUUGUUACACGGGGGAUUCAACUUGGUGGCUGCAUUUUCAGUGUCAUGGCAGAUGUUUAUUGUCCUAAGGUUUCUUAUUGGAGCAAUGGUUGGUUCAAACUUAGUGGUAAGUUAUCCCUAUGCCAUGGAGUUCAUAGGAAGGAGUUGGCGCCAGAUAACAUCUGCAUUUCCGACCUGGCAAGUUGGAUCGGCCCUGUUUGCAAUGUCGUGUUGGCUGCGUCCGGACUGGUCAGAUCAACAUAUCAUACUAGCAGCUUUACAUAUACCUUUCUUCGCUUGUUGGUUUGUGGCACCAGAAAGUUUGCGGUGGCUUGCAGUUCAUGGUAAGCUGGAGGAGGCAGAGAAGGUGGUAGAUCAGAUGGCUCGGUACAACAACAGAGAAAAGCCAGCCAACACUGCCAUUCUCCUGAAGAAACUAUCAGAAGUGGAAAAGAAAGGGCAGGAAUCGGAUCACAAAUACAACUACCUUGACAUUUAUCGUCACUGGAAUAUUUGCUGGAAAUCCCUGGUUAUUCAGGUGAUCUGGAUGUGCAUGUCGUUUGCGUUUUAUGGAAUUACAUUCGGCGUGGGAAACCUGAUGGGGAACCUUUACCUCAACAUGUUCCUUGUUUCUGUCAUAUCAAUACCUGGACAAGUGAUGGUGUUCUUCCUAAGUAGCAGAAUCGGCAGAAGAUGGACAACGUUCUCGUUUUUUUACAGUAGCUACUAUAGGGGCAUUUGGAGUGGCUAUUAUAUCGAGACUUCCAGUGACAGCAUCCGUGGACCAGCAACAACAACCAUGACUCUGAUCUGUAGGCUUGGAGUAGCGACAGCCUGGAACUCCUUUCAGAUUUCCACAAGUGAAACAUACCCGACAGUUAUCAGGAAUCUAGGUUAUGGUGCUGCAAACACUGCUGCCCGUGUAGGGAGUAUCGUGUCUCCUUAUGCUUUUGCCAUGGGAGGAGAGGAUUUAUUGCCUCCGUUUGUUAUUGUUGGAUCCACUAUGGCACUUUGCACAUUAUUAACAGUAUUAUUGCCCGAGACAAAUAAUACCCCACUGGCGGACACCACAGUACAGACCUUGGGAAAAGACUACGAACUUGGCAGAGCUGUUGAAGAUGUCAGUCAAAAGAAGACAGAGAAAGUCAGCACUUUGGAGAUUUAACAAGGUGCAUCAGUCUUCAGUACUACAUUACUGUGACUUCUGUACUAUCUAUGUUCUCUCCUGUUUUAAUCAGGGUUAAUAUUAUAAUAAUCAGACCAGCUUUUAUGGAACUGUGCGUCUAUUGAAGUGUGUAAUUUACAGCUGCAUCUAGUGUGUAGUUUGAACAGUAGAAGUCCAGUUAUUAUUACAGGCUGGAGCGGUGUACCAGGAAAACCCCACAUCACUCUGUCGUUAGCAUUGUGUUGUUGUAUCUGCUCUACAUUGACACGGUUUCACAACAAUCUGCCAUGAAUGUCAGGUCUUACGAAAUUCAGCCACAUCAAGUUCCAAAUUGGAGCACAAUAAAUGGAACAGAAUUCUU